ACGGUGGCCCAAGUGGCGGCGGAUCUGAACGGCGGCGGGAGCUGCUUGCCAGGCUUGCUAGCUUCGGGACGCUCAGGGUGUCCUUCUUUGGGGCUGGGCUGGAAAGGGCCUUGAGGCGUCGGACAUCACCUCAGAGGCAGGGGCCUGGGGCCCGGGGCUCCCCUUAGUGGCAGCGCCGCUGUGCGGCGAGCGAGCUGGUUUUCAGAGGUCUUCCGGAAGAGGAGCACCCCUCUCUCCGAGCCGACUGUGCCGGGACCGUCCAUGCCUCUCCUAACCCAGCACGUUCAGGACGAGGACGAACAGUACUGCCUGGUGGCCAGCCUUGACAACGUGAGGAAUCUCUCCACGGUCUUGAAAGCCAUUCAUUUUAAAGAACACGCCGCGUGUUUUGCUACUAAAAAUGGACUCAAAGUUACAGUGGAAAACGCAAAGUGCGUGCAAGCAAAUGCCUUUAUUCAGGCUGAAGUGUUUCAAGAAUUUAUCAUUCAGGAAGAAUCUGUUACUUUCCGAAUUAACUUAACUAUCCUUUUAGACUGUUUAUCUAUUUUUGGAUCAAGUCCUACGCCAGGGACACUCACUGCACUUCGGAUGUGUUACCAAGGUUAUGGUCACCCUUUGAUGCUGUUUCUAGAAGAAGGAGGAGUGGUGACAGUCUGCAAAAUUAACACUCAGGAGCCUGAAGAGACUCUGGAUUUUGAUUUCUGUAGCACCAAUGUUAUGAAUAAGAUUAUCCUGCAGUCCGAGGGGCUCCGUGAAGCAUUUUCUGAGUUGGACAUGACAAGUGAUGUUCUACAGAUCACUGUGUCUCCUGACAAGCCCCAUUUCAGGUUAUCUACUUUUGGAAAUGCAGGAAGCUCCCACCUUGACUAUCCCAAAGAUUCUGACUUGAUGGAAGCAUUUCACUGUAAUAAGACCCAGGUUAACAGCCUCCCAGCCCAGAAGCAGCUGCUCCAUUGUGUUUACAUGCCCAAGAUGAGGAAGGACGGAAUGCAGUGUGUGUCAUCAAGAAGGGAGAAUUCUCUGGAAAAGAACAAGGCCAUGGAUUUCCUGUGGUGGCUGCCUGAAUCCAGGUCUGGAGUGGUGAGUGUCUGCAGGAAGAAACGGAAACUGUAAAUUAUACUAGAUUUCCUUUAGAGACAUCGACUGCCCGACAACAGUUAUUCAUUUUUACCAAAUUGUUUCAUAGCAAUGGGAAACGAGAGGAACUAAUUAUGCUGAAAGGGACUUUUUGGUUCAUUUAUAAAAUCCAAGAAAAGCAGGUUUGGGGCCAGAGGCAAAUAGCAGAAAAGAAAAUCCCCUUAAUUCCCAAACAUCCUUCCAUUUCCCGAAUUUUAAUUGCUCCCCACUAAGGAUGUAACAGCAGAAGACCACAUAUCAGAUAUAGCAAACUGACAGACCCCAUAGAGAGGAAGGUAUGUAGAGGGGGAGAGAUGGGAGCUUCUGAGCUCAGAAUGCUCACGAUUACUCAGGAACUCUACUUCUCUUGACACCUUCCAAGUGGGGAGACUACAAAGAUCAAAAUCACACAUUUCUUGGGGAUAGACGUUGAUAUCACUUUGCUCCCUGGUGUCCUGAAAGGUCUGCGGUCUGCGUAUCAAGAGCUUGCGUAUUAUCAUGACACUUGGGAGAUGGUGGAACCUUGAUGAGGUGGGGUCUGGUUACAGGGGAAGGGGAGGGGACGCCCUUGAUAAGCACAGUGGGAGUCCAGCGUCUUCCUCUUUCUCGUCUCCUCCCUGGCUCUAAGGGAAGCGGUUCUCCUUCACUUGGCACUCCUGACAUGAUGCUCUGCCUUGCUACAGGCCCAAGAGCAGAGGGUCCAGCAGAUCUUGAACUAGAACUUCUAUAACUGUAAGCUGACAUAACUCCCAACCCCUUUAUAAGCUGAGUAUGUCAUGUGAUACAGUCAUAUACCCGGCUUCUUUUCUGGAGAUAGGGAGAACUUCAUCAGUGGUCCAUUUGUGUGGCUUGUUUUCACAGGCAAUAUUCUUAACAGCAUUUAAAAAAAAAGCAUUAGAUGAUCAAGCACCCAUUAAACCAGUGGGUUCUGCUAUACAUUAUAGUUACUUGUGUCUUUCAACCAGUUCAAGGAACAGAAUUACCCUAGACCUAGUAAAAAAAAAAUCAAAAUUCCCAGGGAAGAAGCCAUUUAGCACUUCUUCUUAAAGCUCCCCCAGAGAAUUACUAUGGAUAGGGGGCUAGUUUGCUAAAGUGCACUUUAAAUUACCACUCACUCUCUCCAGUCUUACACUGCUACCACUACUGCCACUUACAUAUACACUGGGAAUAUUAACUUUGAGUGUUCCAUGGAAGGCCUACCAGAUUUAGAACAUUCCAAUUGGCUAUGGGGUGUGUGGCUAGCGAGAUCCCUUCCAUGGCUCAACUCGGGCCUUAUAGGAACAAACGCAAAAAUAAAAUACGUACCUCUUUGGGUGGACAAACACCUUAUGGAGGGCCUAGAUGCUGGAACACAGCUCAUAGGAACCACUUCCGCCUUCCUUCCUCCCAUCUGGCAUGCAGCCUGUAACCUUCAUCACCAGAUCCACUUGGGAAAGAAAGGAUAUCGUUUUUGGAGGAGCCAAGCUAUUCCCAGAGUAUAGUAGAGCAUGACCAGAGCUCCCAGGAUUUCCUUUUUCUCCUUGUCUGAGGUUGUGUUUUGCUUCCAGGUCAGCAGUGUGUUCCUGGCCGACACAGCAUGUUUCUUAGCCUGAGCUGGGAGGCCUGGGGAAGGUUAGAGAGGUGUCAAAGAAAUUAGGGGGUGUCACACACACAAAAAAAGACAUUACAUAAGGCAUGUUCCAGUCAAAGGCAUUCCUGAAAGAGCAGAAGGUAGACAGUGUGGUUGUCAGGUAUGGUUCCUAAAUCUAGUGAAUCACAGUAUUUGGAGUGUUUAUACAGCACAGAUCCCUGCAUCUAACCUAGGCCUAGGAAGCUGGAAUCUCUAAAAGAACAGAUUCAGGAAGUUCUGUUUUGAACCCACAGAUGAUCUUUAUGCAGCCUCCCUGGCAUUGGUCUGUGGAUCUCAGUUUAGAAAUCAGUAACUGACAGGGGUGGGAGCUGAGUAACCCCUUCGACAUUCUGCUGCAAACGCAUGUGACCUUUUCAACUAGCAAAGCGUCUCCAUCCUCCAAAUGGCAAAUGAUACUCAUUAUGAAAACUGCCCCUAACCAAGCACACGGAGACAAAUAGGGCCAGCUUUCAGCUUUCUGGAAAAUACAUUCUAUAAAUACAAGGGUUUAGGAAUGUAAUUACUUCCAUCUGAGGGUUCUUUUUGUCCAAUCCAAGAUGAAGCUGGUCAUACUAAUUGGUCACACACACACACAAGAAUCCAAUUUAUAAGUGCAGUGGGGCCCCUCACUAGGAAGACUCAGGGAAUGCCAAGUCCCAGCUAGAACUGGUGGGGGUUUCCUCUUGUUUUCUAAAAAAAAAAAAAAAAAAAAAAAAAAAAUCUGAUGUUCCUGAGAAUGUAUCCAAGCUAUUUGUCCAGUUAACAGAGGUAGAAGACAGACUUGAGAACACCGUCUAUUGGACUACCGCCUCAUCAUCAACUCUAACUCAUAUCUUUCCCUUUUCUUCAUAGGAAAAUUGAAGGGCUGGAUACCGUCCUGUUCUCUUCCAUUCUAAUGAAAUCAAGAAGGAGUGCUUACUUGCGGCCCUCUCUGAAGGCAUCUAGGGCCGGUGAACAUGCUCACUCCUGCCAAGUAGGCCUCCUGUGCCCCUAAUUCUUGCUUCACACCACUGGCUUGUGCCUAAAAAAUUCCACUUUGCCUUUG